AUGGUAACCCAUCCGAAAGGAGAAUUGUCGCCGCCCGGACUAUCCCAUCUGAACCAGAGAUCUAUCGUCUGGAUAUGUACAUGUCACCCAGAGAGCAAGUAUCACGUUCUGUGGCCAGCAACGGAUGAUCUUGACAAGCACCUGAACCAGCGGACAUACGACAAGCUCAUCUCAAUCUGUUGCGGCUCCUCGCGUGUUGACGUUUUUGACUCAAGGGACCUCGGUGUCAUAAACCUGUGCGUAAGACUAACCGAGAAAGAGGUUAAACAAGUGUCGAGUUGGCCAGAGAUCCUUCCGCCCGUAGGAACCCCACAAGAAUGCCCGGCGCGCAAUGAAGGCUCUUGCAUACCGGCGCGUCAAAAGUACAUCGCGUGGGGAACAGACGAAUGCUGGAAUGAUAAUGAUGUGGCCAUGCGAGGGGCCAGAAAGCACCUCGACGUUGUAGGCCACUCCUCGCGUAUAAAGGCUACAUAUUGCAGCAAGAUUGCAGCUCGUCCACCGGGAAUAUUAUGCUGA